AUGCGUCUCAGUACAGAGGAGAAAAUUGAGCUGGGACUCAAGGACCUGGGGACAGUCAACCAUGCAUUUGGGGACAAAGACAGUGAUGAACCGCCACAGCUGACUGUUGACAUUGGGGAGCCACACACAGAGGCCCUGGGGGAGACUGUGGACAAACGUGCAGAUUUGGUUUACUCCCUCAAUGACAGGCCGCCGUGGUACCUCUGCAUACUGCUCGGUUUCCAGCAUUACAUCCUCGCAUUCGGGGGCAUCAUAGCAGUCCCUUUGAUCCUGGCCGAGCCCCUCUGCAUAAAGGACAACAACAUUGCCAAAAGCCAGCUGAUCUCCACCAUAUUCUUUGUGUCGGGACUAUGUACACUGCUGCAGACAACUAUCGGUAUCAGGUUACCAAUCCUCCAGGGAGGGACAUUCAGUUUUAUCACUCCGACCCUAGCCAUUCUCGCUCUGCCGAAGUGGCAGUGUCCAGCCCCAAAAGAAUCUGUCAUGCUGUCCGUGCAGCUGCAGAACAGCACCAGCCCGCAGCAAAUGGAAAAUUCUGAUGAGGUCUGGAUGUCACGAAUGCGUGAGAUUCAGGGGGCCAUCCUUGUGUCCUCUCUGCUCCAGAUCGUCCUGGGUUUUUCUGGGCUGGUGGGUCUUGUGCUGAAAUACAUUGGCCCGCUGGCUAUCGCUCCCACCAUCAAUCUCAUCGGCCUGUCACUGUUCAUUGAAGCUGGGAAGAAGUCUGGAGGUCACUGGGGAAUAGCUGCUCUCACGGUCUGUCUGAUCCUCCUAUUUUCUCAGUAUCUCAGCAAAGUCGAUGUUCCAAUGAUUGCUUACAAGGAUAAGAAGUGGAAGGUUUUCCAGUAUCCACUCUUCAAGCUCUUCUCUGCUUUGUUCGGGAUGUGUGGCGCCUGGCUGGUCUGCUUCUUACUGACCAUCUUUGACGUCUUUCCUUCAAAAUCCGAUGAGUAUGGCUUCUCAGCCAGGACCGACAUCAGCCUGGAUGCUGUGGCAAACUCCCCUUGGAUCCACGUGCCUUACCCAGGUCAAUGGGGUAUGCCCACAGUGAGUUUGUCUUCAGUGUUGGGUAUGAUGGCAGGCGUCUUGGCAUCGACCAUGGAAUCAAUCGGUGACUACUACGCUUGUGCUCGCUUGUCUGGCGCCCCUCCUCCACCGACUCACGCCAUAAACCGAGGUAUCGCAGUGGAGGGCAUCGGCUGCAUCCUGGCUGCACUGUGGGGAACUGGAAACGGAACCACUUCCUACAGCCAGAACAUCGCUGCACUGGGCAUCACCAAGGUUGGCAGCAGACUGGUCCUCCAGACGACCGGCAUUCUGAUGAUCGUCCUGGGGAUCUUUGGGAAAUUUGGAGCAGUUUUUAUCACCAUCCCAGACCCGGUCAUUGGAGGCAUGUUCCUCGUUAUGUUUGGAAUGAUCGCAGCAGUGGGGAUAUCCAACCUUCAGUAUGUGGAUCUUAACUCGUCCCGUAACCUGCUCAUCCUUGGCUUCUCUACCUUCAGCGGUCUUGUUUUACCUACCUGGUUUCACUCCAAUCCCGGCAUCAUUGACACAGGAAUAAAAGAGCUGGACCAAGUGAUUGUAGUGCUCUUCACCACACACAUGUUCAUUGGAGGAUUCUUUGGAUUUAUACUGGACAACACCAUUCCAGGCACUGAUAAAGAGCGGGGCAUCAAAAGCUGGAGAGACAAGGUGCAACAGGAAGGCAGAAACUUUUGUGACCAGUCGUGCUAUGAUAUCCCUUUCUGCAACGGUGUUUUGAAACGGUUUAGAUGCUUCCAAUACCUGCCCUUCCUCCCUUCUUACAAGACCACCCAACAGGGGGCAUCCUAG